UGAAACGAAGUAGAUGGCUACAGAGUUUUUAGUAACGUUGUAUGAAUAUUCUCCGUUAUUUUACAUAUUUGUGGUGAUUACAUGUUUCGCAGUAACAACUGGCUUGUUACUGGGAUGGUAUCGAUUUGAUGUUCCUGUGAUUCUACGAAAUUCAGAAGAAACUAUAUCUGCUAUAGCAGUUCGUAAAAAGCAUAUGGUUCAAGUGAAGAAUCCAUUUGCUUUGGAAAUUGCAAAUCCAUCAGAUAGUUCCAUUCCAGCUGGCAUCAAACUCCAAACUAAUUGCAUUGAGGAUUGCAUCUUAACCUGCUACUGGGGAUGCAGUGUUCAAAAACUACAUGAAGCUCUACAGAAACAUACUACUUGCUCCCGAAUUACAACACCACAAAAACUGGAAGAUGUACUAGACACAGAUUUCAUCCAUAUGGAACAGUUUUUAGUUGGAAAAGUUAGCAGAAAUGAACAUUGUUGUCGGCUACCUGAAGAUGCUGGCAUUAAAGAUUUUGGGCCAAUCCCUAGGACUCUAUAUCCUCUAGUUACCCUGUUGACCUUAUCCAGUAAGGACAAAAGAGAAAUAUAUGAAAUAGUUUCUUGCAUCACAGUAAUUCAUAUUCCGGAUGAAAAGUAUCGGCUGUGCAGCCAGGUAUUGCACCAUUAUUUGCUGACUGAACAUGGCCAAGUUUAUGAUUUAAAGCAACUUUUCAUGUCUGCUGAUACUGAGGUACUUGGUUCAGAUAUGGCUCCUUCUGUUGACAAAAACCUUUUGGAUAAAUUUGGACCCAUAGAUGAUGAAACUGAAGCAAAUGAAGGGCACAGCAAAGACUGCAUUGUGUGCCAGAAUGCAGAAGUCAACUGGGUCCUAUUACCAUGCAGGCACACAUGUUUGUGUGAUGGCUGUGUGAAAUAUUUCCAGCAGUGUCCAGUGUGCCGACAGUUUAUUCAGGAGUCAUUUGUGCUUUCUAAUCAAUAAGACUGACUGCAAGAAAGUAAUAAAUGAAAAUGAGUUGAUAUGGAAGAUCAAAACCCAGAAACUGUAUUUUUAAGAUGAGCUGAUAACUGAAGUAUUAGUGCUUGUAUUCCGAUUUUAAGUACAUUUACAGAGGAGUCUAAAUUGCAUGUGAAAAGGAAAGACUUCCAGAACCAGUGGAACUUAAUUUUAUUAACUGCCAUUUUUUUCUUUUAUUUAUAACAUUGUGUGCAGAAGGUGUGCUAAUUUAUAAAUGUAUUAUUUUAGACCGCUGAGAGGAGUGCUAGGGGCAGGGGGGUUAUAUAAAACAAUUUGCUUGUUAACCAUUAAUGCAAAUUGGUCCAUCUCUGACCCUUUUUACACCAUGACCCGUGCCGCAAAGGCAAGUUUUGUUAAGCGUUUAGCUAUUCUGCAUUGUUCAGUCAGCCAGCAUGUUUUUCAGGGUGGGGAAAACUGGAGUAUGUGGAGAAAACCAACACAGUCAUGAUGGCAACACGCAAACUUCCCAUAGUGACUGGUGAUCAGUACUGAACCCCAGACCCUGGAGAUGAGACAGAAAUCUUAACCAUUAAAGCCCCCUUAAGUAAUAAAGUAAUACAAACAAUAUGAAGGUACCAAAGUCAAAAUAAGAAGGAUGAUAGAGCUGGGGGAUGGUGCUUCACUAAGCAGGAGAGAAGCAAAGAUCAUGUCACGUUUGUGAACUUCAAGCUCUGAAAUUAUAAACUUAUUCCAUUUCAUUAAUUCAGUUCUGUUCUUUUAAUUACCCAUUAUACUUGACCCGAGAUGCACUAUUUUUACAACAGUUCAAGUUCUUCAUCCCACACUACUACCAUAAAAUGUCAGUCACAAGUUAAAACAGAUGUUUCAUUUCUUCUAGCUGCAAACUCCAAAACUGAAAUGAAAAUCCUUCACUGCCUAAAGGUUUUUAUUAGCACUUCAGUUUUUUCAUUUAAAAUUUUUGCAUCAAACCACCUGAUCCAGUUUUUUCAUUUAAAAUUUUUGCAUCAAACCACCUGAUCCAAUGUUUUUUCUGUCCGCCUCAACUGUGGGUUAUCUGAUCUGAUUUAGUCUGAGGCUAGCAACUCGCACAUUGGCUUCAAAGCUUGAACUCCUCUCCCAUAAUGCACAAAGUCACCUAUUUUUCUCAGAUCUUGUUUGCAGUAUUUGAUUUAGAGCUCUUCACAGAUAAGUGACUUCACCAGUUUGGUGCCUUAAAUAGGUUUUUGAAAGCUUUAGGUCUUUCUAUCAUCUUCAUUCAUGAGCUAUUACUUUCAUGUUUGUGGUUAGGCCUUAUGGCUUCUUUCCAUUUCUUAAACCCUUUUAGUGACUGGGUUGUUAGUGUGGUAGGUUUUUGUCCUAGUUAAUAAUAGACAAUAGAGUUGAAGGAAUUUAUCUGGAAGGGGAAGAAGGCAAGAGUUAAGUGGAAUACGCUGUUCCUCCUAAUAUAACAAAGUAGUUUCAGAUUACCUGAUUUGUAGGGAUAUUUUAGAGCUACAUAUUUAAGGCUCAUAUGCAUAAUACUAGCAAAAGACUAUUCUUCAAAGUGGAAAGGGAUGAUGUUGAAUUGGAAGGCAGGAGUUUAAGAAAUAAGGAGAGAAUAUAAUUUUGGAUGCAGAUGAGAAAAAUAACCAUACAUAUAAUAUAUUUAUAAAGUUGCAGAAAGUAUUCUAAGAGCUAAGCCAACACGGGACUAGAGAAGGGAUAUUUUGGCAAUAGGGACGAUUGCAAGUAUGAGUACAGAAAUUAGGUAAGAGGGGGCUGGAAUUUACUGGAGAAAACUGGCAAAGGAGCAAAUAACUAGAGAGGGAAACAUAAUACAGUGGUAUGAAACCAAGAAGUUUGGACUGCAGGUUAGAGACUGCCUCUACUACCAGGGAUUGAUAUCAGAAUAUAGGCAAAGAGAAAGGGCUAGAGGACUCUUAAGUAAAAGAUCUGUUAUGAGAGACUUUUUAGUUGAAUUUAGAACAGAAUCUGCUGUUAAAAGGGAUAAUAGGACAUAUAGAAUUUUGGAUGAUAACUAUAGGAAUCAAUUAGAGGUUAGAAAAGAUCGGGAUGAGAGUCUGGAAAACCAAUUUCCAAGGGAACAGUGGGAAAAAUAUGAAUGCCUUCCAGGUAUGCCACAAAGUCCAGAAGGUUUAGGAUUUUACUUGGAGGUAUUUGUAUAGGUAUUUUUAUAUCACAAGCAUACUUUGGAGAAUUUUUCCUCAGGUAAAUAGCAAUUAUUGGAGGUGUGAUGGGGAAGAAAGAGGUAACUGAAAAUGUAAUGAGCUCGCAGAUUUUAAAAAUUCCCUGCAUAACUGUCAGAAAUAUUGGGGGACCGAAUGGCUGUAAAUACGAAAAUGUUUCUUUUGAGUUGGGACACAAUCUGAGUUGCCUAGAUGUAGCAAGGCCGUAUUAAGUUUAAUUGUAUUGAUUGCCAAAAACAAGCAAUUGCUAAAAAAAAUGGAAAUCAAAAUCUUAAACGAGCUGUAUUUGAAGUAUUGAAUAUUGUAAAAGACAUAAAGGAACUAGAAAUGAGAAGGAACAAAUUGCAUAGAAAUUGAAUUUGUGGGAACAGUACUUGCAAAAUAAUGUUUGAGGAGGAAGGUUUAAGGUAAGGCAGGAACUGAGCAAUUUAUGUAGGGAUGGACUAAGAGUUGUUAUAAAGAAAGAAAACAUGUUUGUAAUGUAUAAUGUAUUUAAAUAAAAAAUGUUAAGGUUUCUUUUCUUUUCUGUUAAUGUAUGGGUGUCUAUGUCUUAAGUGAUAAUUGAGUAAAGGUGUUUAAAAAAAAUAAUGCAACCUUUUUGUAGAUGCAGAUUGACUUUGUGGUCAUUCCCUUCCCCCACCUCCCUGAAGGUGGAGAACGAGGUUGUCUUCUUCCCUGGCCCACAUUUCAGAUCCAAUGGUCCAGUAUCCAGCUGUUGCCCACUGGCUUCCUCCUCCAGCACAAACCGCACGGUUGCAUUUGGCAUUGACUGCCUUAAUGCAUUAAAUUCUGGCUUUUUUGGAGCCAUCUGUGUCAUGGAGCUGAGAGGUCAGGCCAGCAACCUGGAGUCAGGGUCAACUUUCAGAGUUUUGGUGCGGUCUCUGUACCUAGGUGCAUGUAGUGGCAUUGGCAGCUCAACACUGGUCUCUGCCUUUGAUCUGACUGGUGCAGUGGCACUUUCCUGAGGUCUUCGGAUCUGUGGAUAUCAGAGUCAAUAGAGACCCAUUUGGCUACCAUGCUGUCAAUUUUGAAUGUAUCCAUGCACUUGUUAUCUAACUCAGUGAAUGGUGUGGCCAAGGCAGCAUUUACCAACAUAGCAGUUCACUGUCAUACCUAGAUGCCCCUUUGCAACUUUGCAGAAUGCUUUUGACAUCCUGUCUGAACAUGCCAUUUGAUAGUUCAGUAUUGUUUAGUACAAAAGUAAAGAAUACUCAAACCAGAAGUGAACAGCAGGGAAAGUAUUGUCUGCUCUAAGGGUCCAUUUUUCCACCCCUCAAAGGACUUUUUCCCACAAGCAGAGGGGAGGGUAGGUAAGCAGUUAAGGAAAUCUUAACAGUUUGCCCAAGACACUCCCGGUGAUAAUGCACCCAGGGCAGAGAGAGAAAUUUUAAUGGACGCUGCCCUAGGGCAGGAGCAGACCACAAAAUCAGGGUUUUAGGAGGCCUUUCUCUGACAACCCCUUUCAGUGUUCCAGAAGGUUUGCUCAGCUGCUGUGCUCUGGAAGUAUUUGGGGAUGCUUUGCUCUCCACUGUCAAGUUUGUAAGGCCAUCACUACAGAUUCCUGGAUGUUGAGAACUAUUGCCAGAGGCUACACUGCCUCCUUCCUAACUUUAACAAUGCAUCAUCAAAAGACCUGACCAAAUGGUGGCAAAUGUUGGAGGUGUGAUCGAGAAAAGAAAGGUAACUGGGAACAUGUAUUCUGCGAGUGUAAUGAGUUGUGACAGAUUUUAGAGAUUCCCUGCAGAGUACUCUGCCAGAAGUAUUGGGUGAGCAGAUGACUCUGAUUGGGGAAAUGAUUCUUUUGAACUUUUAUAUAGUAAGGCCUUAAGUUUAAUUCUGUUGGCUGCCAAGAAAAAAGCAGUUACUAGAAAAUGGAAAUCAAAGACUACAACUGUAUUUUAGGCAUUGAAUACUAUAAAAGGAAAGAGCAAAUUACAUAGAAGUAAAUGGAAAUUGUAGGAAUACAUGAAUAAUAAUGUUCAGGAAGAGGAGUGAGGUUUAAAGGAAGCCAGGAAAUCAGCAUUUUUUCUAACGGCCCGAUAGCAAAAAAAAAGUACAUGUAGUGUAUAUUGUAUUUUAAAUGGAGAAAUGUUAAAAUUGUCUUUUCUUUUCUGUUCAUGAAUAUUUGUAUCUUAAGUGAUAAUUUUAAUAAAGGUGUUUAAAAAAAAAUGUCCAGAUAUUCCACCUUGGCAGAGAAGGGCAGCAGCCAGAGAAAUAAAAAAGCUGCUGUCAGUCUUCCAGGAGGUCCCAGCAGGUCAGAGAGGAUCUGUUGUCUAUUUAAGAUUGUCUUUGGUGCCAAAGAAGAAUGAGGAUCUCAGACCAGUGUUGGAUCCAAGCAGAUUUAACCUUUUUGUCAAGCAGACUUUCCGAAUAGUCAUGGUGCAAUCCAUUCUACCUCUGCUGAGGACGGAUGACUGUCUGUGGCUUAGUAGACCUCCAAGAUUCCUAUUAUCACAUAAAAAUAGCCAGACAAUCCAGGAGAGUCCUGCACUUGAUGCUAAGCGACGGUUACUAUAAGUUUUGAGUGCUGCCCUUUGGUCUCACCACAGCCCCCCUUGGUAUUCACCAAAUGCAUGACAGUGGUAGCAGCCUAACUCAGGCUCCAGGGAUUUUGUCCCUUUCCUACCUGAAUGACUUAUAAUAGCGUCAAGAGCAUCAUUAAUUCAGGCAAGAGACUCUUUGUUGCACUUGUGCUUUGCCUUAAAGUCACAGUAAUUCUCAAGAAAUCCAAACUAGAUCCAUUUCAGGCAUUUGAAUUUAUAGGUUGCCAAUACUCAAAUUUUCAGGCUUCUUCCCUACAGACUACCAUUCUUACAGCUUCAAGCCUAUCAAGUUGUUCUUCCUUGGUAGCCACCCAGUCCUCUGAUUCUUCACCUCCAAGGUUCCAUGGCAGCCUGCAUUUCAUUAAUUCCUCUUGUCACUUUCUACUUGAGGGUACUCUAGUAUACUGUGUCAGACCAGUGAUCUCUAAUGACGCAUCCAGUAAGACUCAGAGGUCUGCUGUCUAUACAUAUCAUGGUGGCUACCUCUGACCUAGUGUCUGUAGAAUGCCCCUUUGUAUCUCCUCUGUCCAAGGCCAUGGUAACUACAGAUGCUUCUCUCCUGGGGUAGGGGUGAGAUAUUUUGAGGGGAGGAUGACCACCUGGUUCUGUAAGCGGCCAACCUUCACAUCAGUGUUCUCGAGAUGAGUGGGUCCCCCUGGCAUUACAUGGUUUUUAUGAUUAAAUCCCCAAAGGCACGAUAUUUAUCCAUACUGACAAUAUAGUGGUAGUCUGCUAUGUCAACAAAGUAGAACCAUAUCUUAUACUGUUUGCUGGGAGGCCAUGAGAGUGUGGCAGUGGGUGAUGUCUUCUGAACGCUUUCUGAUAGCAGUGCAUAUCCUGGGCAAAUAUAACAUACUGUCAGACAAGUUGAGCCAGUGUACACAUGCCCCAUAAGUGGUCUCUCAAGCAGUCAGUGGUAUCAGAUUUUCAGCCACUGGGGUCAGCCUUGCUGCGACCUGUUUGCAAACCUAGACAACACACCAUGUACAACAGCUUCUUUGCCCUGAACCCACCAGAGGGACAGUCGCAGAGGAACACUCUGGCCCCAGGUCUCCUGUAUGUGUACCCACAAACUCCCUGAAUAUUUUAUUUAUUUAGUAUUUCUUUAUAUUUGUUUACUGGGAUAGUAUACUGAUCAAUACUGACCAAUUUCAGGCUCAUCACAGGUAACCUACAAAAAUUUCACAAAUAAAAAAUACAGAAACGGAAGCAAUAACAGUUGUUCAGACUGGUUGCAUAGAAAAAAAUGUAUAUAUACAUUCUAGUAAACAAGCACAGUGCUAUAUACAGUCAAGUAAAGUGUAUUUUACAAUAUAUACAUUAGUUUAUAAAGUGGAUCAGUCUUUAGUAAAUCUAUAACUAGAGAUUUAGCUUUUUGUAGGGUGAUACAAUGAUGCUGACAGAGAGGCAACAUUGCAAUGAAUGAGCAGGUGCCGUUAGUCUGGAGUGUUGCAGUGUUUUUUUUUUUUUUUUUGGAGGCAGAAGCAAAGAAUGGUAGUCCAUAUUCAAGUUGAGAAAGGAGAACUCCUUUGCCAAUGGCUGCUUGGGAUAGAAAAAAGUUUAUCUUUUUGGCCGAAAAUAGGAGGGGGAUUAUUUUGGCUCUGUUUGUGUGGAAAUGGAAGUUUAGUGACUGAUCAAACCGUAAUCCUAGGUAUUUGAUGGUGGAGGGUUGUCUGUUUAAAGGUUGUGUAAGUCAGUUCAAGAAGUCAAGUGCCUGAUGAAUUCUCUGUGGAGUUAUGUUCUUGCAGAAGGUGACUUGAUGCAAGGCAUUUGUGAUCGACGUGCCCCCUUACUAGCCCAGAGAAGUUUGGUUCCUCUUCCUAUGGCCUUACCUAAUCUAUCCCCUAUGGGCUCCAGAUCUAAUCUUCUCUCCUGUCUAGAAAGACUAAUCCAGACCUCAAGUUCCUCACACUGCCUGCUUGGUUCCUCCACUUCCAGUGAUGGCUAGAAAUCCCAUGCUGUCUGCUAGGUGGCGCAUAUUAUUACCUCCCCUCAAAAGACUCCCACCGGGAAGAUUUAUGGCAAUAAAUAAAAAACAAUUAGUAUUUUUGCAGCCUGAAAAGGUCUGGAUCUCGUUUUAGCUCACUUAAGCUGUAUUUUAAAAUUUUUAGUAGGUUUGCUUUAGUUGUGAGCAAGCUAAUCCACCAUUAAAAUCUGACUUGUAGCCAUCUUU